AUGCUGGUCAUCGCGCUCAACUUUGGUUGCCCGUCCGUCCUUGAGCGGCUCUCAAGGUCAGAGCCUUCAUUGAUAGCCAAAGUCGACCCGGAAGACGUCCCGAACUGCUUGGCACUCAACCGCCACGCCAACCUCAUCGUCGAGCUGAACCACGAGCGUGCCCAACUCACCCACACACGGAUGAGGGCCUGGAAGGAACGUUGUGCUCGACUGGCAGCUUCCACCUCGCCAUACAGCAACUGCCCGGACGCGGACAUCGCCUGCGAAGAAUACGACGCCCUCGUCCAAGUGGGACCCAGCAUCAUCGCCCACGUCAUGCUCGAGUACAGCAAAGACCAGUCCGGGCCGUGGUACAAGCUCAUGUAUCAACUGGUGCGUGAGAAGGCCAUGACGAGCGCAGCGCGGGAAGACCGCUGGGCGGAGGCAAAUUCAUAUAGCCUGUGGCGGGACUGGUUCGAGCACAGGAAACACCACGAAGCGUGCGAGAACGGAUUUACGCCGUCGUACUUGACCAAUGCUGUGCAGCUGCGCUAG